AUGGGUAUUUAUGAUUCAUCAAAACUAGAUAUUGAUGUUAUUGUACUUGAUGAAGGUAAUAUUCGCCAAUCAUUAACAGAUGGUAGACAAAUAUUUCAUCCUGUCAAACAUGAUAGUCUACUUUUAGUCAAUGCUACUCUACAAUCACUAUUUCAGAAAAAUCAAAUUAUUGCAAAACAUUUAAAAUCACUCUGGAUUAAAAUUAGUACAAUCCAUAUGGCAAAAAGCUACACGAAAAUGCCAGUUAAGCAAAUACAAAUAUCAUUAUCAAGUGAAUUAAAUUUAAUUUGUUUAAAAUAUAUUCGCAUAUUGAAUUUUGCAUGUUUCUUUGAUAUUGAUGGUGUUAUUACACAAGGUCCAAAUUUCAUCAAAGUUGCUAAACCAGCAAUUCAAACAUUGAUUCAACUCAAUGCGCCUAUUGUAUUUGUUUCAAAUACAUGUAUGUUUGAAUCAGAUAAAGCUAAACAAUUAUCAGCUUUACUUGAAGUAACUAUUCAUCCUGAACAAGUUGUUCUUGCUCAAACACUAAUGCGUACACUAACUGAUUUUCAUAAUAAACAUGUUCUUAUUUCUGGACAAGGUCAAGGUGAAGACAUUGCUCGAAUGAUUGAUUUUAAAAGUAUAACAACAAUUGAAAAAGUUUGUGAAGCAUUUCCAGAAUUGGAUAUGAUUGAUCAUAUGAAUCAAGCUAGAUUAAAUGAAAUGAUUCGUAUUCAAGGUCUUGUUCAUGAUGAGAAUUUCCGGCCUAUUGAAGCUAUUGUUUUACUUGGUGAACCUAUUCAAUGGGAAAGAUCAUUACAAGUUAUUAUUGAUCUUCUUUUAACAGAUGCUGCUGCAAAUUUACCACGUUUUGGUCAUGUUGCUUUUCUUACAUGUUUAGAAACAUUAUAUAAAAAUAUAAGUGGAAAUAAUAUCAAAUAUACAGCAUUUGUUGGUAAACCAUUUGAAAUUUCAUAUCAAUAUGCUAAAACAAUAGCUAAUAAAAUAGCAUUAGCUAAUGGUCAAUCAAAAAUUGAAAGAGUUUGUUUUAUUGAAGAUAAUCCAGAUGUUGAUAUUGUUGGUACAAAUAUGUAUAAUCAUUUAUUACAACAAACGAUACAUUUAAGAACAAGUAUUAGUGGUUAUAGUUUAUUAACAGAUUUAAAAUAUUUAAGUCCAACAACAUGUGAAUCAAUUUUAGUAUGUACAGGUGUUUAUGAACCAAAUAAACAAAAACUUGAUGGCAAAAAUCCAUGGAAAUUAGCAACAAAAAUUAAACUUGAUGUUGUUGAAGCUGUUAAAUACAUCAUUUUGAAAGAAGCAUGA